AUAAAGCUAUGACUUUUCAAGACGUUCUAUCAAUCGGGGAUGUUGAGCUAACAUUUGUGAACAAUCUUGAAUUGGCACCGCUUCGAUUGAUAUUUUUUGUGACGAGUGACUCCAACCUAAAAUGUUUUCUGAUAUUAAUAAACAGACUUAAUACUUUUAGCAUCGUGGCGACUCUAUAAUUAAAGAAGCAUCAAGGUUUGGCUCAAUUGUUUCCUAGUUUUUGAAGCAAGUGUCGCAUAAAGUGGAACAACAAUGACGUCAUCUCUCCUUGAGGUCAUUUUCGUAAAAUGCUCAACGCCACGUGACGUCAUUGACGCCAAUGCGCAACUUCACUUUACGUCGAUGGCUCAAUUUCACUUUACGUCGAUGGCUCAACUUCACUUUACGUUGAUGGCUCAACUGCACUCUACGCCGAUGGCUCAACUACACUUAACGUCAAUGGCUCAACUUCAACCAACGAAACUGACUCAACGUCACUUAGUGAGACCAACUCUUGAGUGGAAUUGAGACCGAGUGAAGAUGGACACAUCGCGUGUAAUGGAUGCCUUCCAAGGCGAUCACACUACAAGUUCGCCUGAACCUUCAGGCGGUCGCCCUGGCAGUCCACCUGAACCUCAUAGCCCUGCUUCUUCAGUCUCUAGAUUUCCAGCACCUGAAAAUCGUGACAUAACCGCCGCGGGUUUCGAAAAUUCGACUCAAGAACUCAAGGUUCCCCGUUUGGUUGGCACAUUAUUUCAACGGAACGAAAUCGAGUCGCCUGAAAAUGAACUUAUAGAAAAGGUUGAAGACGAGACCACGUCUCGCAGUAGUGACACUUGUGUGUACGUAAGCUCUGACGAAACUAAAACUCCGGAGCCAAGCUCACCAUAUACCAGUCACUUCACAACUUACAGGAGAGAAUCUCCCAGUCUCAGUCAUCUGAAAGAUCGUUCCCUCCACCAAACCUCAGAUACUUGUGAUUCUCCUGCCAUUUUCACAGCCGACACUCCUGUUUCCAAUUGCCAGAACUUCUUCGAAGUUUCGAAUCCUGGUUUCAAGGAUCCAUCAUCGCCCUCGACAGAACCUACAACGAUCAUAGGUGACUCAGGCACGCCCCGGGUGUCUGCCCCCAGCAGCCUCCUGGUCAGAGGCAACUCGACUGGCCUCCUCAGGGCAGAGCCGGGGUCGCGGCGGGGCAGUCAGAGCCCCACGGCGGCCCUGACGGCUGCCCAGGGACAGGACCUGCUGAUUCCACCUGCUGUUCAUUCUCCUACGAGCCGCGAAUCCCAGAUCUCCGGUCGCCAGGACGUACAGGAUGGUCGAGCGCCCCUCCUGAAGGACGAGUCGCCUGAACGACACAGUCGCUCUCGCCAUCGUACUUCGGCCAGCAUGUGGGCCUCCAGCAUACGAGGCGGGCGGCAGGUGUCCCCCAUGGAGGUGAACAACCGGGAAACACCUGCGACGGAUGAGUUUCACCCGCCUCUCACCGUGCCCUACGGGUCGGGGGGCGCGGGUGUGCGAGGUUACGUUCCCCACGACGGAGGCCCUGCACACAAAACCGUCGACGGCCACUUCAAGAUUAAGAGGAGUUCCGACAAGCCUGCCGUCCGUAAGCCGGUCGAGACGCUGUACUUCAGGGACGGGGUGCGUGCGAUCGACUACGUGCUCGUGUACCGCGACGGGCAGGACGCAGAGACGCGCCGCUGCAGGAAGCUCUACGAGCAGCGCAUUGUGGAGGAGGGUCUAGAGCUCGAGAAGGAGGACAAGUCGGUGGGUGGAGGAGGACAGGUUAUCUGUUUUGCAUGGGAAUUACAACACGAAAAAUUACAAUGGAUAGGGAUUGGGGAAGACAAUGACAAUCCUAAGAAACCAGACUUCUUCUCAAGGCUGGGCAUGAAGAAUCCCUUCAUGUACAACGAGAAGCUCAUACCACCUGAUCCCAAUUUCUUCACCACGAACUACUCGGCGGAAAAAACUGAGCUAUGGCUGCGAAGCUGUUGCUCGGCCAUUGCCGGGUGUGGGCAGAGGUUAUGUGGUGACACAAAUGAAACUUCAACGAGCGAGCUGCCGCACGGCUCCUCUCCUCUAGCGUCCUCCGUCUUAAAUGAAGACCGAUCCUCGGUUCAUCAGACCCUCGAUUCAUCAGACCCUCGGUUCAGCAGACCCUCGCUCCUUGUGUCGUGUGCUGUCGGCAUGCACGACACUAGGGUCUGCGUGCGCUUGUAUCAUACAAUAGCAUCUAUCGCGCGCACAGUUCCUACGCCUGAGUACAGCAUCAGCAGGCUGUUGUCACACGACAUCUACCGUGCUGCCUUCAUGCUUCACGACGGUCACUACGAGAAAGACGGUCCCGGCCACAAGAUGUGCGAUCGCAGAUUGCUGUACCUGGAGUGGGCGAGUAUCAGGAGUUGGUACAAGCGGCAACCAAUUCACCUGGUACGCAGAUACUUCGGUGACAAGAUGGGCAUGUACUUCGCGUGGCUGGGCUUCUACACGCAGAUGCUCAUACCGGCCUCCUGCAUUGGCUGCGUCACCUUCGUCUGCGGCCUCUUCUUCAUGAACUCGGACUACAAUAAACCAAGCAAAGAGAUUUGCGACGACGAACACGUACGCAACCUGACGAUGUGUCCAAUUUGCGACGAGGUCUGCGGCUUCUACCCCCUUCAGGACUCUUGCUUCACGUCCAAGUUCACCUUCCUCUUCGACAACCCCGUGACGGUGUUCUUCUCCAUCGCCAUGUCCUUCUGGGCGACGAUGUUCCUGGAGCUGUGGAAGCGUCACCAGGCUGUGCUGCAGUGGCAAUGGGACACUGGAAAUUACGAGGAGGAGGAAGAAGUUCGUCCCGAGUUCCAGGCGCGCGUAAAAACGACGCGCGUCAACCCCAUCACAAGGAAGACCGAGCCUUACAUCCCCUUCUACAGCAGAGCGUCGCGAUACGUCGCUGUCAACUCCAUCGUCCUCUUCAUGGUAUCGCUGAUGGUGGCAGCCGUGCUGGCCGUGAUGGUGUACCGCAUGGCGAUCUCCAUCGUCUUCAGCAAGAUGCCGCCAUCGCUCCUGCAACGCAACGCCGAACUCUCGGCCGGCAUCACGGCCGCCAUGUUGAACCUGGCCGUCAUCUACUUGUUCAACUUUAUAUACAGGAAGGUGGUGAUUGUUCUCACCAACAUCGAGUGCCCCAGGACAGAGACAGAGUACGAAGAUUCCUUCACACUCAAGAUAUUCGUGUUCCAGUUCAUCAACUACUACUCAUCACUCAUCUACAUCGCCUUCUUCAAGGGGAGAUUCUUCUACUACCCUGGUGACGCACGUGCGCGUGACACGCUGCUCAGUCGCAUGCGCAACGACGUGUGCGACCCCACGGGCUGCCUGCCGGAGCUGUGCGUGCAGCUCGUGGUGAUCAUGAUCGGCAAGCAGGUCCUCAACAACUUCGUCGAGAUCGGGUGGCCCGUGGUGCGCGUGUGGUGGAACAAGAAGAUGGGCCACCACAACGAGGCGAGCGAACUGUACACGCGUUGGGAGCAGGACUAUGACCUGACACCCUUCACCCGCCUGUCGCUCUUUGAUGAGUACCUCGAGAUGGUGAUCCAGUACGGGUUUGUGACGCUGUUCGUGGCAGCGUUCCCGCUAGCCCCGCUCUUCGCGCUGCUCAACAACGUCAUCGAGAUCCGCUUGGACGCGUACAAAUACCUCACCAAGUGCCGCCGCCCCCGCCCCGAACGCGUCCAGGAUAUCGGCAUCUGGUAUAACAUCCUGCGCGUCAUCACCUACUGCGCCGUCCUCACAAACGCCCUGGUCAUCUCGUACACGAGCGACUUCAUCCCCCGGCUUGUUUACAUGUACGGCUACUCCAACACCACCUCCCUGCAGGGCUACAUGGAGAACGCCUUGUCAGUGUUCAACACGUCGGACUACUUAGAGCAACUGGGCCCUGACCCCUCCAAGUAUCCCCGGGACACGUGGCCCCAGACCUGCCGCUACCGGGGACUCCGACAUCCCCACGGUCACCCCCAGCAGUACGACUACAACCUGCAGUUCUGGCACGUCUUCACCGCGCGACUUGCCUUCAUACUCAUCUUUGAGCACGUGGUGUUCAUCUUGACGAGUCUGGUCUCGUACCUCAUCCCUGACGUGCCCGCGGAGGUCAAAGUGCAGAUUGCCCGGGAGAAAAAGGUGGAGAAGGAGUCCCUUUUCGCAGCGGAGUUGCUAAAGCUUCGUCAGGAGCGGCAGGACCUUCAGCUCGAGGCGCCCCGCACCAGGAGUCCUUCCUUCAACGACGACCUCUCCUCCCUGAGGUCCUCUUCACGCCCCGCCACCGCCGCGCCCUCACCAAGGGCCUCACCCUCCCUCAGGCGCCCCUCUGUGUCACGUUAUGCGCCUUACUGAUGCUAUGCACUGAUACUUUACUGAUGCUAUGCACUGAUACUUUACUGAUGCCAUUCACUGAUACUUUACUGAUGCCAUACGCUGACGCAUUACUGAUGCCCAAAGAGCUUAUUUUCAAGCAUCACUUGCGACCAGAGUUCUUCAGUUUACUACCGCCUUCUUCGUAACUUUUGCUGCAGCAGAAGAGGCAUGUUGCCUGAUGCGGUAACCGGCCAAGCUAGAUUACGUUAAUAAAUAUGUGUAGUUAUUUAUAUAGUUAUUUAGAAUAACGUUUUCAGUGUUGACCGUUGCUAGGGUGCCGUUGGUGUUGAUCGUGUCAGCGCCAAGAUGUAUACUGAGAGAUUCUCAUGAUUCUCGCGGUUCCUAUUGUACAUGUGCUGCCUUAGUGUUGUACAGCCUCUCCUUGCACUGUAUAUGUGCUGUGUCAAAGAGAAGUAGUCUGUUUAUCGAAUGUAGUCUCUGUUAGCGGCGUGUGGUUGGUCUCUGUUAGCAGCAGGUGGUUUCUGUUUUGAUUGUUUUCAAAUAAUUAAUUGAUAUACGUACAAUUCAACCGGUUGUUGUUCAUGCUUCUUCAACGUACUGCGAUACAGCAAAGAAAACCAGGCAUCAAUGACGCUGUGACCCGCGUCAUUGAACCGGCACUAUCAUCAUUAGCAUUUAUUAAUAUUAACAGUUUGAAUAAUAAUCUAAAGAUUUCUUGACGGCUCCAUCAUCUGGCCGCCUUGGUGCGCUCCUUCCUUAUUAUCGUGACCAAGCCAUCAAACCUGGGCUCCAUGGGCCCAAGAGGUGCGCACAAGCAUGGGAUUUGUAUGGCUUGCAGUUUGAAUAUUAAGUACAAUACAAAUCCAACGUACCUGCCAUACAGUCAUCAUUUCAUGUUACUACUAUACUGAUCGUACGUACCUGCCACAGUCAUCAUUUCAUGUUACUACUAUGCUGAUCGUACGUACCUGCCACAGUCAUCAUUUCAUGUUACUACUAUACGUACGAAUCGUACGUACCUGCCACAGUCCUCAUUUCAUGUUAAUACUAUACUAAUCGUACGUACCUGCUACAGUCAUCAUUUCAUCUGUUCCUUUUUCUGCUGGGAGUGGCCCGAUCUUCUUAUUUUGUGUAUUUUUAGGUGGUAGAUGCUGUUUCUGUCCACUUCGCUAGGACCUGAGACCUCGCGAACUCGCCAGAUUUUGUAAGUGUAUAGAUGAUGCAGCAUUUGUGUUCUAUUUUGAUAUUUCGUGUAUAUUUAGACGAUGCACAACCUAUCACGGUUUAAUCUCGUAUUACCGACGUAGCAACGGGCUGUGAUCAUAACCCUUCGUUUUCCUGUUACAUAGUUUUGUUACAGUAUAAAUUAGGUACUAGCAAAAUAAUCAAUUCAAUUGACUGAAUUUAAACAAAUUUUAUCUAUACGAAUUUCACACUUGUACUUCCACUCAUCAGUGUCCGGAUUCUCUUACAUUUUAUAUUCAUGUUUACAUGCCAAUAAUAAAAUAGGCACCUAACUGAAUGAGGUAAUAUAAUGAGGACAGUGCAAUGAAAAUCCCCGUAAAGUUAAAACCAUCGUAAGAGUUAAUGUUCAAAUAUUCACCCCCCACUACCCGAUAGAGGCCAAACGUAUGCGACACUUAAUUAUAUCGCCCUGAUCGCUAACAAUAAUGAAGCACGCAGGCAAAUAUUGAUGAAUGUCCUGUCAUUCCGCUGGGAGGGUCAAACUUAGUUUUUAUUGUUCGCGGCACGCUUGAUGGUCGGCCCAAGUGGCGGAAGAUUGAGACGGCAGUGGACAGGAGGACCAAAACAGCAGCUGUUCGGGCAAGUAGUGAAUGGGAAAGGAUGUUGGAGGAAGGGCCUGUAUAUUAGGAUAUGAUCUGUUCAAAAAUCCAAAUAGAUCCCCGACUCCAGUAGACUCUCGCGUGCGCGCUCCGGAAUAGGGUUUGACAUCAGAGGUAGAAGCAAGAAACCAGCAUGAAUCUCUGGAGGCAGCGUUACUUGUGAUUGCCCAGCGUUACUGGGCUGUGAUGAAGGUCAGAGUCUCAAUGAUGGAGAGGACAAGAACGUGAUCAACGCUGUCGAACGCUUUGGACAGACUUGCAGCAGCCGUUGCGAGCAGGAGGCCGCUGGGAGUUGUAACCCAGGCCGGUCGAAUCGUCCGUUUCAGAUCUCAAUGAGUGGAGGAGUAGGAGUAAGUGAAUAUCGACAGCUGGACUUAGGAGAAAAGUGGGAAUAAAUUACAUGUUGACCUGGUGUAACAUGUUCCGAAGAACUAAUAUUUUUUUAUUGUGUGUGCCUUCCGUCACCCGUGCCGGUCGAAAAUGCAUCAUGGAGCAUAUGAUUUCCACUCUGUCACGCUUGCAUGGACCUUAUAACAAGACUUUGGCCAAUGCAUGCUCCUUAUAACGGGCGAAAAAAUAGUUUCUUUUCAAUUCCAGGG